UUCUGCAUUCCACGAGCUCCUCUCCAAAGGAAGCAACGCUUUUUCCAAAGAUGAUCUAACAACUGCUGAGCUACAUUAUUCAACAGCACUUAAACUGGUAUAUCAAGGAGCAAAAAAGGAAGAAGUGAGAAUAUGCUUUGAAGAACUUGGCAACAUCUACGUGGAAUACGGUAAGAGAAGUAAAUGUGGAGAAGACUUUACAAAAGCAACAGCGUUAUAUAACGCAGCACUAACAAGGCUUACAAGUACUGAAGCCAAGCUUCGACAGCACUUAAUAUCUCGCAUUAAAGAAGCAGAGAGACAUUUUUUAAGUUCGGUUCUCCAAGAGGACUCACCAGUAGACCUUCCCAACUAUGACAACGACAUGAAACACAAAGCUUUAUUAGAGAAGAUUCGUGAUGACUGCAAAGAAGUCAUUGUUCAAGUAGACUUUGAGUGUGACCCAGGGUUAAUGCCACUAAACCCAGAAGAACGUGUGGCACUGGAGAAAAGGCGGACCAACUUGAUAUCAACACUUUUCCGAAAGAUAUCCGAAGACAUGACAAACUUCAUUCGAAUGCUGAUUGAAGAAUGCACGUUAGUGUUAGGCAACGCACCCUGUCGAUUUGCUGUGAUUGGACUUGGCUCUUUGGCUCGAAACGAAAUGACUCCUUAUUCUGACUUGGAGUUUGCUAUUCUACUGGAAGAAGGUGCAAAGACGGAAUCCAACCUGGUAUAUUUCCGCAACAUCACACGCUAUUUGCAUCUGAAGGUUCUCAACUUGGGUGAGACUAUCUUACCGUCAAUGAGCAUCACAUCGUUAAAUGAUUUCUACUCUGGCGAUCCGUCACGUAUGUGGUUCUUUGAUGAUGGCCCGAAAGGAUUUUCCUUCGAUGGGGCAAUGCCGUGGGCCAGCAAGUCUCCUUUUGGUCGUAAGAAAUCUCAAACUAAAGAAGCCCUUGAGCUGAUUAAAACACCAGAAGAAAUGGCCGCACUGCAAAGCGAGCAAGUGGCUAUUAAGGAGGGCUAUACCACUUGGCUGACGUAAUGGCCACUUCGAUGUUCAUCACAGGCGACGAAGAACUUGUGAAAGUGUACAACGUAAAAGUUAAAGAAAGGUUACAAGCUCCAUCAGGUGAAGAUAUGUGGACUAAUGGCUCCAAAAGAGGCUUUGAGUGCUUGAACGAGACAUUUCAAGAUUUUAGCAUCAAUUUAGACUGGCACGAAGCGGGAAAAGUAUUUAAUGUCAAGAAGGAGCUUUACAGAUUUCCUAGUUUGGUUUUGAAUAGCCUUACCUUGUAUUAUAACCUUGAUACACGGAACACUUGGGAUGUUGUUGAAGAAAUGCAAGGGAAGCAGCUGAUCAGAGAAGACGAAGCCCGCAAUCUGAGUUUUGUAUUAGCUGUUGCAUCGGAAUUUCGACUUCGCUCUUACCUUGGGAAAGAUGAACAGAGAGAAAGAAUGACUGGUUUACCAUCAGAAAUUAUGGAACCGGAUCUGGCCAAAUCAGUUACUGCAAAGGCGGGCCCCCGUACCAAGUUGGACAAAGUUUUCCACAUUCCUAAUCCAGAUAUCGUCUUCCGCUUUUUCAUGACCGUUUUGCCUCUUCAAAAAGCUAUAGAAGAGUUCUUGUUUAAGAAAUCACCAAAAGAAGUAAACAUAUUGUCCAACCACAACCUAUAUGAUGGCAGGUAA